AUGGUUUCUGCGGGUAAGCGCCCUGAAAGUGCCAGUCAAAUAGGAACAGUAGAGUAUUACAGCAAAAUCGCGAUUCGCGACUACAGCUACAUAGUUUGGCCGAAAGGGACGUGUGUAUAUACAUACAUACACACCACACACAGACACACAUACACAUAUCUGCUUUUCUGUUCUGGUGCGUUGUUGCGCGCGCACUCUCUCUCGCUCUCUCCCUACAAAUUUUUUUCUUCACUCUUGGCAGCAGCAGCAGCCAGCAGCAGCAGUCAGCACAAGUCAGCAAUAAUCAGUGGUGUAGUGCGCGUCGACGAUAACUACGGCGACAACGACAACGGCGACAUUUGCUUGAUCGCUACGGUUGUCCUUACGUAUAGGAAGCAACAGAGCCAGAGCAUCGAUUCUCUUCGAAGAAGAUACGCGCUUGGGUUGCGCUGCUUUCGCUCUCUUUUUCUCCGAUUUCUUCUGAACCCACAGUCAAAGUUUGCAAAUAACCAACGUUCGUAUCAAUGUUGUCUGGCAAUGGUGUGUAAGGAGAACGUGGUAUCAUGGUUUUCAAGUCUGUCCAGUUAUAAGCGCAUAGAUGUGAUGUGCACAUUGUUAAACAUGUGCCUACCGUUUGAAAUACGGUUCUUUGGCACUGUUGUAGAGGAUCUGGGCAAGCGGGACUAUAAUGUCCUGCGAGACACAGAGCAUCGUGCCAAUAAUGUAUCUGACCUGACCGAGUUCACAAAUCUCAGCAUGACUGACAAGCGCACAAGGCGAAAGCUUGCUCUGUACACAGCAUUGCUACAGUCGUGCAGUCACAGCUGUGCAGGGGUCCUGUACAAAAUUUUGUCAAACCUUGAUUUUCAAGAAAUUCAAACUCUUGUAAACGGGACCAAUUGUUCAUCAGAUGAACAGCCAUUGGAGGAGUUACUUUUGCUCUACACUAUGGCUGUCAAUCAUCCAGCUUUUAAUUAUGAGCAGAAGAGUACAUUUGGGAAUGUUUUAAUAAAGCUAAAGACAGAACACAAGAAUCUAAAAGAUUCUAGAUCUGACUCCUUGUCCUUCAAAUCACAGAACUGCAUACCUUGUACAAAUCAAAAUGACAGAAUAGACCCGGAUAUUUUAACCAACAUUAUAGCUCCUCCACCUAUGCAAACCUUUCAAGGUGAAAUGCAAUUGAGGAAUAACACUAUUAUUGCUGGAAUACCUUCAGGAGGUAUAUCUCUUACAUCACCAGGACUGUGUCCUAUACCAGGACCCGAACAGAUGAGUAUGCCACCACCUGGACAUUCACACUAUGUGCAUGUUAGUUUUCCUUCGGUACAGCCAAUCCAAGGGUGGCCAGGUCAGAUGAUGAUGGGUCAAAAUCAGUUUAUGUAUCAACCGAGUGAGAGUAGUGUGAUCUAUUCUCCCUCAGGCAGCCAACAAUCUUCGCCGACACAUUCUCAGGCCCACAGUCGAAGUAACUCGCCCAUCGGCCACGUGCAGCAGCAGCGCAAAAAUAACAGUAAUAACAAUAACAAUGCCAGCAGUAAUGGACUACAACAGCAGCCACCACGUACUUCGUCACAAAUCACGCAACCUACUUCCAAUAUUCUCACGACAUCGACGUCCACGUCGAGCACUCAAACUACGAACUCCACUAACUUGGGUACGGCAAUGUCACUACCGCCACUCUCGUCAAUCAGUACUAGCAGGAAUCAGAACAUUAUUUCAGGGCAGUCGCAGAUACAGCCGUUGAUGCCGCCUGUGGCGCGACCUCCUUUCUCGUUGAGUGGACAUCAACAACAGUGGCAACACAAUAACAACGUUGAGACAACCAUAACAACUAGUACAGUGACGGUCACUUCUAAGCAGCAGCAACAGCAGCAACCGCCACCGCCCCGAUUAAAGUCAACUCAUUCCGGCGAGUCACUGCGCGAAUCCGGCAACAAGGAAAUGCCCAAUUUCAAGGGUAAUUUUCAAAACACUGUUAACAACGAGAUUAAGAGACUGAGUGAUGAAGAUAUAUCGAAGUCAGAUCUGACGUCGAACGCACUGAAUAACAUGAAAACACAAACGGCCAACGGUUUAACUCAGACGCCGGAGAAGAAAAUCGAAGGCUCCAUUAAUAUUCAUUCUACGAAUGAAUCAAUUGAAAAUGAGACUUUUUAUUCGCAGAUUACGCCCAUGGACAAUGUUGUGGUAGACAAUUCCAUAGUGAAGCCUUCCACGAUACCGGAUCCAGCGAUAAUAAACUAUCAUCAACCAAAUCCAGCUUCUAUGCCUAAUUUGAGGCGGUAUCCACACCAGAUGGAUCCAUCACACAUGCCGUUAUUCCCUCCUCAUACCAUGUAUCACACACAGAAUCCUUGUUACCAAUGCAAUCCUGCUGGGUUUCCAUUAAAUAUUCAAAAUCGUUAUGCCAGUAGGAAUCCCACAACCCUAUACUGCGUGACAAAUCAACUGCAGGCAUUGAGGCUCGACCCGGAGAACAAUCGUAAUUCUCAGAGCAGUAGUUCGGACAGUACCGGUAGUCGCUCACCACCAGAAACACCGCCUGCGUUGCAAUGGAUGGGCAACGAACUUAACUCCACACCUGUUUCGACAGUUGUCGAGCAACAACAGCAGCCACAUAUGACAAACGUUCCACCACCCCUUCAUUCCAUUCCCGCGUCUCAAGAGAGGCGGCCGUCCCGAAAGAACCAAAGCCAUUUAAUGCGACAGAAGAGUCAUUCGUCCAACAUGGUGAACGGCGUAGUUCCACCUCCACAACAGCCACAGCAACAAGCACCUCAGCAACAGCAACAACACCAACAAGUACAGUCGACAGCGGUAACGGGAUUCCAGGUGCCGCCGCCAGGCUACGUGCCGCAUCACUUUACAGGUUUGAGGCCCGCGACUACGGGUAUUUAUUCGAAUUUCACGCCCGCUUACGCGCGACCUGGCUACCCGAUCGCCGCCACUACCUACCAGCACAACGGCGAGAUGAUGUAUCAGUAUUCGACGCAUCCUCCUCCGCCAGGCAGCACAGCUCCUCCACCGUCACCGUCGGCAGCCGUCCAGACAUCGCAGCCACCACCCCAGCAGACGCAGCCUAACUUUUCCCAACCUCCGCCACCACUUCCAGUGACUUAUGCAUCGGUCAGCGUGCCACCACCACACAUCCCACCCAAAACAUCGUGUUACAACUGUGGCAGCACCAUGCACCUGGCCGCCGACUGCAUCGAGCAGACCAUGGAAGAUAUCACGAGGAGAGCCUCGUACCGGUUGGACUAUACGACGACGAAACCAACAGCUGGCAGUGGCGAUCAGCAAAACCAGAGCUCCGACAAGUGAUCCCCUGCCAUUACUUGGUACGAGCAGAAGCAACUGCAGCAAUGUGUGAACAAAGCCGAGCUCGAGCUGGAAGUUAAGCACUACUCACAUCUUCACAUUCGCCUCAUGAUCAUCAUGCACCGCUGUACUACUACUAUGGUACUGUUAUGAGAGACACGCUCGUCAAGUAUUUUUUUCUUUAAGACGAUGCGUAGUGCCAUUUCACAAUCCAUGCAUAAUUUAUUCUUAUGCCCAAUUAUCAAGUUCUUUCGUUAAGGCAAAAAUCUAUUGUUAACCUUGGAUUAGUGGAUCGUAUAUGCCUGUGUUACG